CUUUCCAUAUAAAUUCAUAGCACCGGAAAUUAGAAAGCGGUGAGAGACGGAGAGCGAGAGAUCAAGAACGCAGAACGCUGUUGAUACGCUUGCCUGUUUGCUUCACUCGACAGUAUACUUGUAAAAUCCCUGUAGGGGAAUCCGCAGUCUCAGUAGUUCUGUUCCUCUUCAAGAUUAGCAGCAAAUUCUUGUAUCCUUUUUCUUUUUUCCUGGAAAAUUCAUCUUCCCCGGAACUCGUUCGCAUAAUCUUUUUUAGCUGUUACUGUUACAUCCGCGUUGGGUUUCCGAUGGACGACUACUUCAGUGGCGAUGAUGAUUACUAUUACGACUUCGAGGAUUCUAUGGAGCCCUUGGAAGACGACGACGGGGACAAGGACCGGUUGCACAGGGGGCGCGGUCCGGCGAGUCAGGUAAUUACAAAAGAGUCUCUUUUGGCUGCACAGAGAGAAGACUUGCAUAGAGUAAUGGACUUGCUGUCGCUGAGGGAGGACCAGGCACGGACUUUACUCAUUCAUCACCAUUGGGAUGUUGACAAGGUCAUCGCAGUGUUUGUAGAGAGAGGGAAAGAUAAAUUAUUUGCGGGUGCAGGUGUAACAGUGGUGGAGCAUGAUGAGUUCUCCCAACAGUUUUCCUCAAUAGUGAUGUGCAAUAUCUGCCUAGAGGAAGUAACUGCUGCAGAAAUCACUAGGAUGGACUGCGGCCACUACUUUUGCAACAAUUGUUGGACACGGCAUUUUAUUGUGAAGAUAAAUGAAGGUCAGAGCAAACGCAUUAGGUGCAUGGCACACAAGUGUAAUGCUAUAUGUUAUGAGACAAUAAUUAGAGAUCUAGUUGGUACAAAGGACCCUGAUUUGGCUGAGAAAUUUGAUCGUUUUCUACUAGAAUCAUAUAUUGAUGAUAAUAGAAGGGUCAAAUGGUGCCCUAGUGUUCCCCAUUGUGGAAAUGCAAUUCGUGUGGAGGAUGAUGAAUUGUGUGAAGUUGAAUGUGUUUGCAGUCUGCAAUUCUGUUUUAAUUGCUCAUCUGAAACACACUCGCCUUGUUCUUGUCUCAUGUGGGAGCUUUGGAGAAAGAAAUGCCAGGAUGAGUCGGAGACAGUUAACUGGAUCACAGUCAACACAAAGCCCUGUCCAAAAUGUCUCAAACCAGUGGAAAAAAAUGGAGGAUGCAACCUAGUAAGGUGUAUCUGUGGGCAAGCAUUUUGUUGGCAUUGUGGUGGUGCUACUGGUGUAGAGCAUACGUGGACUACGAUUAGUGGUCAUGGUUGUGGUCGUUACAGUGAGGACCAUUUGAAGAAAGUCGAGUCUUCAAAAAAAGACCUCUUGCGUUACAUCCACUAUCACAAUCGAUUCAAGGCUCAUACAGAUUCUUUCAAGCUUGAAUCUAAGCUGAGGAACACCAUUUUAGAAAAGACAUUAAGAUUGGAAGAAAAAGAAUCAAGGUCUAAAGAUUUUAGCUGGGUAACAAAUGGACUCCACAGACUCUUCAGAUCAAGGCGCAUCAUCUCAUAUUCGUAUGUGUUUGCAUUUUACAUGUUUGGUGACAUGUUCAGAAAGGAAAUGACGGAAGAGGAAAGGGAAAUAAAACGGAACUUUUUUGAGGACCAGCAGCAGCAGCUUGAGGGAAAUGUUGAGAAACUCUCAAUGUUUUUAGAAGAGCCAUUUGAUACAUAUGCAGAAGAUAAAGUUAUGGAGGCCAGAAUGAAUAUAAUUAAUCUGUCAGAGGUUGUCAAUAACCUCUGCAAAAAUUUGUAUGAAUGCAUUGAGAAUGAUUUACUAGAUUCCCUCCAGCAGAAAAUUUACAUAGCUCCUUAUAAGUCGCAUGGUGUGGAGAAAGCUUCAGAACUCCCUCUUAGGAAUGCCAACUCCUGCAAUGCUGAAAGUAAUUCCAUUGUAAAUGUUCUACUGGAAGCAAAUUUGAAGAACAAUACGACCAACACAUCUUUCUAGAGCUACUACUGAUACACAGGUGUAUAUAAAGAUAUUUAGGAACUCGUCGGUCUUUUUCCUGCUUUGAGAGUUCUGUUGACCAUGGGUACUCUUCUCCAAAAAGCCUAUUCUUUUUGGUGUGCCAGUAGCUGAUCAUAAUCCCUAAAAAUAGAGGUAAAGGGUCGGAAAGUAAAUCAGAUAAGAAGACAAGGAACGAGAGGUAGCAGUUUCGUGGUUCUGCGGGUAGAGAACUAUUAAUUGGAAGAGGUUUUAUCUCAAGAGGUUGCAUUUGGGAACUUCUUUCUAUCCUUGCCCCUUGCCAGCUAGAGCCACAGAGCUAAAGGCAGAUUCUUUAGUCACUUGUGACUUAGUCCUGACGAACAAAUCUGAAUAUGGGCGAAGAAGCAAAGCCUUUUUAGAUUGAUUGUUGACAGAUGGAGUUUGAAAGCCAAUAACAAAUUUUCAAGCCCUAAAUUGAAUUUACUUUACAAUGUAAAUAUAUAAAUUAAGUGCAGUUGCCCAUUAUAAUCAUCUGGCCAUUUUGACAUGGAGCCCCUGUCACAUGAGAGAGAGAGAGAGAGAUCUAUAUUCAUACCACAAUAUUUUUCAGUCAUUCAGAUGAUUCUAUUACAAAGAGGGCCCAUUAUGGAGUAUCCUCCAGAGGGGGUCAAUGUUACUGUUUGAGUUUUGACAUUUGCAGUAAUCGCUUUUUCAGUUUUUGGUUCUUUUUAAAAUUAUCUGUUGUUGAGAAUGCUUUGCUGCAAGUUGCGAGUAAUCUUCAAAGACGUGGUCUGGUGCAAAACGAGCAGCAGGGCCAAGCUCAGCUGAUCGCUAUUUGUAAUUUUGUAACUUGUGGGCAAAUUUGCUCGGGUUAACAAUACAAAAUGUUCAAGUUGAGUUGCUA